AUGGAUUCCCUGGUGGAUAGGAACCACACUGCAGUGACAGAGUUCAUUCUAUUGGGCUUAACACAUGAUCCAAUCCUUCGAGUCUUCCUCUUCAUCAUCAUCCUGGGCAUCUACCUGGUGACCGUAUCGGGAAAUCUCUGCACAAUCCUUCUCAUCAGAGUCUCCACUCAGCUCCACCACCCCAUGUACUUUUUUCUGAGUCACUUGGCUUUUGCUGACAUGUUCUUUUCAACUUCUGUCACACCCAACAUGCUUGUUAACUUUCUGGUGGAGAGAAAUACAAUCUCCUAUCUUGGAUGUGCCAUGCAGCUUGAUGGGGUCAUUUUCUUUGGGACAGUUGAAGGUUUCCUUCUGGCUGCCAUGGCCUAUGAUCGCUUCAUGGCCAUCUGCAACCCACUGCUGUAUUCAACCAAAAUGUCCACACAAGUCUGUCUGCAGUUACUUGUAGUAACCUAUAUAGGAGGUUUCCUUAAUGCUUUCACCUUCACACUUUCUUUCCUUUCUUUAAUCUUCUGUGGAUCAAACAGAAUCAAUCAUUUUUUCUGUGAUUUUGCUCCUUUAGUUGAGCUCUCCUGUUCUGAUAUCAGUGUCUUUGCAGUUGUUCCCUCCUUUACUUCUGGCUCCAUCAUUGUGGUCACAGUGAUUGUCAUAGCCGUCUCCUACAUCUACAUCCUCAUCACCAUCCUGAAGAUGCGCUCCACGGAGGGGCGCCACAAGGCCUUCUCCACCUGCACCUCCCACCUCACUGCCGUCACUCUGUUCUAUGGGACAGUUACAUUUGUUUAUGUGAUGCCCAAGUCCAUGUAUUCCACUGACCAGAACAAGGUGGUUUCUGUGUUCUAUACUGUGGUGAUUCCCAUGUUGAACCCCCUGAUCUACAGUCUCAGGAAUAAUGAUAUUAAGGAGGCUCUCAAAAAACAGCUUAGUAGGAAUAUAUUUUCCUAG